ACCCGACCUGAGGGACGACGGCGCCCGCACACCACCGAUGCGUCCAUGAGCAACUAUGGAGAACAUCACACGAGGAGUGUCCAACAUGCGGGCACACAGCGAUGGCGGCGAUAACGAUGGUGAUGCCAGUGACGAUGCAGACGAAGGAUUCAAGGAGGACGUGGAAGCAGGGGACGACGACGACGACAUUCCUAUUCGGCCUUUGGGGAAGACGGGUGGGAGGGGGAAAGGACGCGGCAGAGGUGCUCUUCGUGGUCGAUCCGUCGGCCGUGGCGGCAGAGGUGGCGCCAACGACGACGGCGGGAAGUCUGCAAUGUACUACUGGUCUCCAGAAGAACAAAUGGCCCUCGUGAGAUGCAAGCGGGAGCAGGAGAUGCACCUCGCCGGCCAAGGUCACAAUUACGGGCGGAUGCGCACGAAGGAGUGGAAGUGGGACGACAUUGCGAAACGCAUGGCGAUUGCGGGGAGGCCUAAAGACGCCAACAACUGCAUGAAGAAGUGGGACAAUCUCUUUCAAAACUACAAGAAGAUACAGAGGUUUCGGAAUGCCAGCGGCCACUGAGAUUUCUUCAGGCUAUCAAAUGAAGAAACGAAGGAGCA